GCUCACGGACCAAUCACGACAGGCGACGCGUUACGAGGGGCGGGGUUACGCACACAGCUGUCGCUCAGGAGUGGUUGCUAUGGUGGACAUGUCUCUCUAGCGAUGUCGGUUUAAGCACAUCAAACUUAAAGUUCCGUUCAUUACGCUAAUCAUCAUGGCAGAGACAGUCGAUGGCAAGAAGGACGAGGCAGACUAUAAGAGACUACACAGCUUUCCUCUCAUACGGCACACAGAUAUGUCUGAGGAGAUGCGGGUGGAGACUAUGGAGCUCUGCGUUACGGCGUGUGAGAAGUUUGCCACUAAUAAUGAGAGUGCUGCUAAAAUGAUAAAGGAGUCAAUGGAUAAGAAGUUUGGGAGCUCUUGGCAUGUGGUGAUUGGCGAGGGCUUCGGUUUCGAAAUUACGCACGAAGUGAAGAACCUGCUUUACAUGUUCUUCGGUGGAGGUUUGGCAGUUUGCGUAUGGAAGUGUUCCUAACCCAAGCCCUAAAUGACUGACAAACACACUUUUUCAUGUGCUUUCUGACUUUAUAAUGGAUGUGCCACAUGAGUAUGUACUGAACAGGGUGCAUCAUUUCAUACGGUUUAUUUUGAAUGUAGCAUUUUAUGUUUUCAUCUCUGUUUUAGCUGUUCUCUCAAAGCUGGCAGGCCAUCUGUGGUUUUAUUGUCCAUCUCUGUCACUCUUUCUCCAUCUGUCUCUUUUCUGUCUUUUUAUCUGUCCAUUCUCAGUUGCUUAUCAUUUCCAUCCCUUUCAUUUUUUUCUGAAGGAUAAAGUAUUUUUAUAAGACAAAGUGCUAUUUUUUAAUUAAUAUGUGAAUACAUAUGAUCUGUUUCUAAAACCUCAGAUAUUUUAUAGGAGUUGUACAUUUUGCACAUUGUAAUGUGUAAUUGUUUUUAUUAAUAACUUAUGUUAUUGUCUUGUGUAAUAAAACCUACUUAGAAAUCUC